AGGAGCGGCGUGUCGGUCAGUGGCUUGUCAUGCGCGCUGGCUGCAAAGCUCCGAGGAGCGAGACCGGGGUGUAGCGUUGCUGCUCCUGCCGCCGUCCAGCUGCCAGGCUUCCCGCACGCCAGAUGUGGCUGAAGCAGGAUCCCGCUCCGGAGUGAGCCUUUCCCCGUGCAAGCGCCCGUGGGAGACGGGUGGGAGACCGCCGCCACGCAGGGCAGCCACCCGCUCCUGGGAAGGGUCAAUGCGCCGCCCGGUCGGAGCACUUCGUUGCAGCGUCGCCAGGUGAAGCGAGAGCUGGAGGGAGCUCGGGGAACUCCGGCGGCGGCGGGCGGAGAGGCCAGGCGGGCGGGUUAAAUGGAUCGCCACUCCAGCUUCAUCUUCAUCUGGCUGCAAUUGGAGCUGUGCGCCAUGGCCAUCCUGCUGACCAAAGGUGAAAUAAGAUGCUACUGUGAUGCUGCGCACUGCGUUGCAACAGGCUAUAUGUGCAAAUCUGAGCUCAACGCUUGCUUCUCUAGACUGCUUGACCCACAGAACAGCCAUUCUCCACUGACUCAUGGCUGCUUGGACUCUCUUGCAAGAACAUUAGACAUCUGCCAAGCUAACCUGGCACAAAACCACUCCGGUACUACCAUACCCACAUUGGAGUGUUGUCAUGAAGAUAUGUGCAAUUACAGAGGGCUAUAUGAUGUCCUCUCUCCUUCCAGGGGGGAGCCUUCUGGACAAGGGAGCAGAUAUCAGCAUGAUAACAGCAGAAACCUCAUCACUAAGGUUCAGGAGCUGACCUCCUCAAAAGAACUAUGGUUCAGGGCAGCGGUCAUUGCUGUACCCAUAGCCGGCGGGCUGAUCUUGGUGCUCCUCAUCAUGCUGGCUCUGCGCAUGCUCAGGAGUGAAAACAAAAGACUGCAAGACCAGCGGCAGCAGAUGCUCUCCCGCUUGCACUACAGCUUUCACGGGCAUCAAUCUAGAAAAGGGCAGGUGGCCAAGCUAGACUUGGAAUGCAUGGUGCCAGUGACGGGUCACGAGAACUGCUGCAUGACAUGUGACAAGAUGCGGCAGCCAGACCUCAGCCAUGACAAAAUACUUUCACUUGUCCACUGGGGAAUGUAUGGCGGGCAUGGAAAGCUAGAGUUUGUGUGAUCACUUCUUUUUGAUUUUUUUUUAAUAUAUAUAUAUAAAUAUAUAUAAAAGUUUUGUUCUUAAAAAUUACUAGGAAAAGGCCUUUGGGUUCUGCUGGACAGGAGCACUUUAUAUGGGGAAAAGCCUACAGUCAUUAAGCCUUUUUAAGAAAACAAAGGACCUCUGCAGAUUGAACCUUGGAUACGUCUUCUGAAGGAUUCCAAAAGUUACCUUAUUUGCACAGAGUAAAUACACUCAAAUGUAUUGUUUGCUUUAAAAUUAUGAAAGCAAAAAUGAGAAGUUGUACACACUGUUACCAGGGUUGUCUGAGCUGUAGGGAGAUGGGAUAUUAUUAAACUGUAUGCAAAGUU